UCAAACGGAAGCCGCGGCUCAGCUCCCAGGAUGGUGCCGCUCAAACUACACGUGCUUUUCUGCCUCCUCUGCUGCCUCCCACGGGUACAUCCUUUGUACUGGCAAGACCCUUCUUUUUUCGACUUCAGGCCAUCAGUAAUGUUUCAUAAGCUCCAAUCGGUGAUGUCUGCUGUCAGCACUGGCCAUUGUAAAAUCCCCAAAGGAAAUGGAUCUUACCCUGUCGGCUGUACAGACAUGAUGUUCGGUUAUGGGAAUGAGAGCACCUUCUUGCGUUUGUACUACCCAGCUCAAGAUCAAGGUCCUCAUGACACUGUUUGGGUCCCAAACAUAGAAUAUUUUUGGGGUCUUAGUAAAUUUCUCGGAACACCUACUUUUGUAGGCAACAUUUUGCACCUCUUAUAUGGUUCUCUGACAGCUCCUGCAAGCUGGAAUUUUCCUUUGAGGACUGGAGAAAAAUACCCACUCAUUAUCUUUUCUCACGGUCUUGGAGCCUUCAGGACAGUUUAUUCUGCUAUUGGCGCUGCUUUGGCAUCCUAUGGGUUUAUAGUGGCCACUGUGGAGCAUAGAGACGAAUCUGCAUCUGCAACUUACUAUUUUGAAGACCAGGCGGCUGCGAAAAUGGAAAACAGGUCUUGGUUGUACCUGAAAAAGAUAAGACAAGAAGAGUCGGAAAGAGUUCGGAAAGAGCAGGUUCGGCAGAGAGCAAAAGAAUGUUCCAAGGCUCUCAGUGCAAUUCUUGACAUUGAACAUGGAAACCCAAAAGAGAAUGUACUAGGUUUACCUUUUGAUAUGAAACAGCUGAAGGAUUCUAUCGAUGAGACUAAAAUAGCUAUGAUGGGGCAUUCUUUUGGAGGAGCAACAGUUUUUCAAGCCCUAAGUGAAGACCAGAGAUUCAGAUGUGGGAUUGCUCUUGAUCCGUGGAUGUUUCCGGUGAGUGAGGAGCUGUACUCCAGAGUUCCUCAGCCUCUCUUCUUUAUCAACUCUGCCGAAUUCCAGACUCCAAAGGACAUUGCAAAAAUGAAAAACUUCUACCAGCCUGACAAGGAAAGGAAAAUGAUUACGAUCAAGGGCUCAGUGCACCAGAAUUUUGCUGACGGGACUUUUGUAACUGGCAAAAUAAUUGGAAACAAGCUGUCACUGAAAGGAGACAUAGACUCCAGAGUCGCCAUAGACCUCACCAACAAGGCUUCCUUGGCUUUCUUACAAAAACAUUUAGGACUUCAUAAAGACUUUGAUCAGUGGGACUGUCUGGUGGAGGGAGAGAAUGAGAACCUCAUCCCGGGGUCACCCUUUGAUGUAGUCACCCAGUCCCCGGCUCUGCAGAGCUCUCCCAGAUCACACAACCAGAAUUAGAAGAGCUUGUUACACAGUUGCCUUUUAAAAUCAGAGUGACGUUGAAAGAAAGAGAGAGAGAGAGAGAGAGAGAGAGAGAGAGAGAGAGAGAGAGAGAAAGAGAGAGAGAGAGAUGUCAUAUUUGGUAAAUGUAUACUGUACUAUAAGAUGGUGAUGAAUGCCUGGCCUAAGAUUCCCCCCUCCCCCCCAAAAAAAAUGUAAGGAAAAUAAAAUAGAGAACA